AUCUGUGUAGCCCCAGCAGUGCCACCUGUCAGUGUCCAUCAGUGCCAGGUCUGUGCUCAUUCGUGCCGCCUGCCAUGCCCAUCAGUGCCACAUAUCAGUGCCCAUCUAAGCUGCCUUUCAGUGUCACCCAUCAGUGCCAGUCAGUGCCACCUAUCAGUGCUGCCAAUCAGUGCCACCUAUCAGUGCCAGUCAGUGUCACCUAUCAGUGUGCAUCAGUGCCACCUAUCAGUGCCCGUCAUCAGUGUUGCCUAUCAGUGCCGCCUAUCAGUGCCAUAUAUGAGUGCUGCCUUUCGGUGCCCAUCAGUGAU